AAACCCGACUCUCUCUCAAGCUCUUACAUGACGUAAAACAUUAAAGAAAACAGAGGAGAGCUAGGUGACUUACUGUCUCCCUUCGCAUCUACUGCACUCUCUCUCUCUCUCCCCCCCCCUCCCCCUCUCGCAGUAGAUCUUAUCAUUCUCUUUCUCUUUCUUGUUGACAUACAUUUUGCUGCUUCAGAAAGGAUAAUAUGUGGAUGUUGCUGGCAGCCAUGAAAGAAGCUUAGCUAAAGAAAAAAGAAAAAGCAACAAAGAAGGAAAGAAAUGAUGAUGAGUAGUAGUAGUAAUAAUAAUAACGGUAAUUAUAGGAGUGUUAAUGGGAGUUUGAGAGAGUCUUUAGUGGGAGGGAGAAAUAUUCCGGUGGGGUCCCAGUACCACCGCCGAGGUCAUAGUUUGACAGGCGGCGGUGUUUUUUCUAAAGAUAAUCACAACAAGGAUGAGAACUUGGAUCUCUUCUCCAAGAACCGCCGCAGUCUCUCUGUCGCCUCCUCCGAUGAAUCUUCUGAUGUUUCAGUGAAAUUGGGGAGACUUUCAGUUGGACCAGGCAAACUUGCGAGGAGUGGGAUCGAUGAUCUGUUAUCAUCAGAAGGAGGGAAGCAUGAUUAUGAUUGGCUUCUCACUCCCCCUGGAACUCCUCUUUUUCCUUCAUCAGAAGGAAGUGAAUCACAACCAACUUUAGUGGCUCCACGAAGCAGUUCUUUGGCUAGAUCAGCUUCUACUACCAAGGCGGCAUCUAGGCUUUCAGUUUCACAAUCACAGAGUUACCAUUCCUCAAGGCCAGCUAGAAGCAGCUCAGUGACUCGACCUUCUAUAUCUUCUUCACAAUACAGUACCUAUUCCUCAAAUAGGUCCUCUUCAAUCCUAAAUACAAGCUCAGCCUCUGUCUCAUCUUAUACUAGACCAUCCUCCCCAGUCUCCCGCACACCAUCUAUAGCAAGACCUUCCACACCAUCAGCCCGCCCGACACCAUCACGUUCCUCAACUCCAUCAAGAGCUCGUCCAGUCCCCACCAGCUCUUCAAUUGACAAGACUCGACCCUCUCAAAAUUCAAGACCCUCAACUCCAAGUUCUAGGGGACAAAUUCCUGCAAACUUGAGUACAGCACCCACUAGAUCAAAUUCUCGUCCAUCAACUCCCACACGUCGGAACCCAGCACCUUCCUCAUCCACUGCCUCAAGCCCUUCAACUUCUGCUGGACGAGUUCUUUCAAAUAAUCGCAUUCCUGGACCAACAUCCCGACCAAAUUCCCCAAGCCCUCGAGUCCGUCCACAACAGCCAGUUGUUCCUCCUGAUUUUCCUCUUGACACACCUCCAAACCUCAGAACAACUUUGCCAGACAGGCCACUUUCUGCAGGCAGGUCCCGGCCAAAUGUUCAUGCAACUAUGAAGGGUAACCCAGAAACUGUAGGCUCUGUGAUUGCACCAAGAAGACACUCAUCUCCAAUUGUCUCACGGGGAAGACUCACAGAGCCAUCUGGAAAGGGCCGUGUGCAUAGUAAUGGGCAUAUUGCUGAUGCACCUGAGCCUCGAAAGGUCUCGCAUGUGUCAGAAUUAGGAAUGAGAAAACCUGUGAAAUCAUCAUCAACAGCCUCAGAGAGCACUGGGUUUGGGAGGACUAUAUCUAAGAAGUCUCUGGAUAUGGCCAUCAGGCAUAUGGACUUAAGAAAUGGCACAGGGAGCACCCGAUCGCUUUCAAGCACCACCCUCUUCCCUCAGAGCAUUAGAUCUGCCACUCCCAAGACCCACUCUGCCCGUUCCAGGAGUGCUCCAGAAUCCAUCAACAAUGGAAAUUUGCAAAAUGGAGAUGUUUUGGAAAAUGAAAGCUACUUCAGCAGGGCUACCGAAAUCAGGCGUGAAGCUAAUGAUGGACAACGAUACUCUGCAAAAUUGAGUGAAGUUGUUGACAUCUGCGAAAGCUCUCGUUAUGAAGCAAUAUUACUCAAAGAGGAUUUAAAGAACACGGACUGGCUGCACAGUAUUGAUGAUAAAUCUGAUCAAGGACCCUUCUUUGAUAACGGGUUUGAGCCUCUGCCUGAACCUUUCGGCCUCUUAUAACAUCUAAGAAAAGAUGCUUUUUUUCGAUAAUAUUUUUUUUCCCCAAAAUUAUAAUCUGUUCCGUAUAAUUUAUUUGCUUACGUGGAAUGAAUGAAUGAUGUAAACUUCUAACACUAAGAACUGAUAAGGUGAAGAGAGUGUAUUUUCUGCAAUGAAAUGAUGAUUUCAGUGUUGGAAUUUCUGUUUA